AAUAGAUAAGCAAUUCUGUCGGCUGAUAACGUGUCACACUUGUCUUUAAACAGACGAUAUCUACAUUGUCAUACAAGUUUACAUUUAGAUGACGAUGGCUGUAAACAUAAUAAUAUGUUUAGCUGUUAUAUUAGGUGUGGUACCCAGAGCCGUGCUUGGGUCUGAUGUCCCUUGCACUUCAGCGUCUGGUACAUGUCAAGAAGACAAUAUACAUUGUUCCGGAAGUUACGUCAGCGGAUUGUGUUCUGGGCAUGCGUCAAGGCGAUGCUGCAUGCCUUCAGGAAGCGGAGGAUGCUCAAAUGUAAACAUUAUUUCCCGUAGUCAGUGGGGCGCACGUAACCCAAAGCACGUGACAGCCAUGCACGUGCCUGUGCACGAAUUUUUCAUACACCACACAGAGAGUCCCUCCUGCAGCUCACAAAGUGAAUGUUCGGCUAGAGUAAGGGGCAUACAAAAUUAUCAUAUGGACAGUCGAGGAUGGAGUGAUAUAGGCUACAGCUUUUUGGUGGGUGAGGAUGGAAACGUAUAUGAGGGUCGGGGCUGGACUCAUGUGGGUGCACAUACAGCUGGGUAUAACAGCAAAGCUUUCGCUGCCUCUAUGAUUGGAAGUUACAUGUCUCACCUGCCAAAUUCAAAGGCACUAGCAGCUGUAAAGAAUCUGAUCGCAUGCGGUGUUCACCUGGGGAAGAUCUCUGCCGACUACAGACUGUACGGGCACCGAGAUGCCGGACAGACGGACUGUCCAGGAGAUUCUCUCUAUCACGAGAUUCAAACCUGGCCUCACUAUAGUCACACCCAUCCUUGAAUUGUCAACUAACCUGUUCUGAUACAAUACUAAAUAUGCAUCAA